AUGAUUCCAGGUCAGAGUCGAAUGAUUGUUAUGUUUGUUGGCAUACUGCAAUACGCGCGUCUGCAAAUCUCGUCACUGGAAUUGCAAUCAGAUGCCCGUGAAAUUCGUCUCGGGCUUUUACUCGAGAUUGGCGGUAGAGAGAUCUUCGACCGCGUUCGCAUCCAGCCGGCCGUUGAUAUCGCCCUCGAGACGGUUAGACGUCGCGUGGACACCGGCGCGUACCUAAACUUCAGCUUCACGUACGAGUUCCAGUCCACCGGUACCAGAUGCACCCCGUCGUCCAUGGUCGCCCCCGGUAUUGCCUCCGACAUGUUUUACCGGCGAGGGGUGAGAGUGUUCCUCGGUCCGGGUUGCAGCUUUCAGUGCAAGGCAGUAGCCGACCUGGCUGCUUACUGGAAUGUCCCGGUCCUGUCUGGCGCUUCAACUUCGGGAGAUCUGGAUAACAAAGGACAAUACACAACACUGACUAGGACCGCGUUCCUUAUGGGCGUGAUGGGGCAUUUUUCGGUGGCUCUCUUCCGGAAGUGGUCUUGGACUCGAUGCUCCAUCAUCUGGGAUGAUGUCAGUGUUUGGAAGCUGAUCACAGUCAGUAUCAGAAGCAGACUUGAAGAAGCUAACAUCUAUGUCCACCCGGUUGUUCUUGGAUUGCAAGAAUCAACGCAAGAUGCAUUGGAUGCUGCAGCACGGAGAGGACGGGUUAUAUUAGUUAUCGCUCCCGUGGACGUGGUCCGGGAUAUCAUGAUCAAGGCGUACCAGGCGGGAUACACCAGCGGGGAGUAUGUCUUCUUCUCUGUGCACUUGAUCAACAACAGGUGGCGCUUCGGAGACUCAUCAUGGCAGAGGGGAGACGAAUUUGACAUCGAGGCCAAACGAGCAUUCGAGGCUUUGAUGACAUUCCGAUUACAUGAGCCAACCAGCGACGAGUUUCAAGACUUCCAAAAAGAGUUAGAGCUGCGCCGUAUCUCUGGCAAUGUCACAGUAAACGAAAAUGGUGAUCGUGACGCCGACUACUCUCUUUGGGACAUGACCGACACCGUGAACGGGGACAUGUCGGCUUGUGCCUAA